UGACACUGACAUAAAUUUUAAAUAACUGUUUUAAAAGCAUGUAAAUUUAAGGUUUUCAAAUUUGUUAUAUGUACAUUAAUUAAUUUAAUUCCGGAAACUGUUAAGUCAAGUGCAAACUAUUCAAAUAUCCUCGAAGCAAAGGUGGAUAUUCAUCAUACGAAUGGCUUCUGCUGUAACAUCCAACGAAGCAACCAUAAUUGGGAGAACUUAUGAAUACAAUUGAUUCCGCUGAAGAGCAUUCAAAAGAGGGAGAUAAAUACCACAAUUACAUUUUGGAAAAAUAUGGCUACGACGUUAUCAAGAAACUUGCCUCUGGAACAUUCUCAAAGGUCGUCUUGGCAGAUUCGAAACGGCAACAGCAUCAUGUCGCUGUGAAAAUUAUAACAAAAUCAGAUUUGCCCCAGUCGCUUUUGGAUAAAUUUAUUCCCCGCGAAAUAUUUCUGAUCAAAACUUUAAAACAUGAAAAUAUUUUAAAUUAUUUUCAAUGCAUAGAAACAUCGCACAGAUAUUACAUCGUAAUGGAAUAUGCCGAACAUGGGACUUUACUGGACUUAAUCAAUAGAGAAAAUUAUUUGAAUAUAAGUCAGGCAAGAACCUUCUUCAAGCAGAUUAUUUCUGUACUGGAAUAUUGCCAUUCGCAUAGCGUCGUUCACAGGGACAUAAAAUGCGAAAACUUGCUUCUCUGCUCAGAGAACACCAUCAAACUCGGUGAUUUUGGUUUUGCGCGAUCCAUGCUAGAGGCCGGCAAAAGUGUUGUUUUAUCGAAAACAUUUUGUGGAAGCUAUGCAUAUGCGAGUCCUGAAUUACUACGCGGCAUCCCAUAUCAACCACAAACUGCUGACAUUUGGGCAGCUGGAGUUGUCCUGUUUUCAAUGGUUUUCGGAAAAAUGCCAUUCAAUUACUCAAAUCUUCGUGAAUUAGUGUUGCAAGUGGAAAGGAAAAUUGACUUCCCUAAGGAGCCUGCAGUAGACUAUAAUUGCAAAAAUUUAAUUGUGCAAAUUUUAUCUCCAAUGAAAAUUCGAGCAACAAUGGAAAAAAUUAAGAAUCAUCCGUGGUUUGUGUUGGGAGCCAACUAAAUGGUGAAGAAGAGACAGUUUUAAUUCCAAUCGUUUUCCGUCCUAAGAAUAAUUAAGGAUAUUUUUUUAAAUAGAUUCCGAUAUUAGAAAUUGCAAUAGAAACAAUUGUAAAGAUCCAGAACAAAGAUUGCCAAAUUCAGAAGAAAGUUUACCAAAUAUUUGAUAGGUCUGCAUCUUAAAAAGGCGCAAUCCAAAAUCAAAUGUCCAAAUGUCCUUUAAUUAAAAUAGU